UAUAAAGGUAGUGGAGAAAAAACAGCCAGUCACAGCAGCAUCAUGAAGGUCCUUCUGCUCUUGGGAUUGGUGGCAUUGGCUCUGUGUGAGCUGACCCGUUAUGAGGGGGAUAAGGUCAUCCGUCUGAAACCUGUGCUCAAUGCACAUGUGCUGUUCAUCCAGGACCUGGCCAGCAGCAUUAAGGUGGAUUUCUGGAGUCCUGAGAGUGAGCAGCAGGUCACUAUUGAUAUUGAUGUUGAUAUCCAUGUUCCUGCUGCUUUCCUGGACAUGGUCUUCGUCAAGCUGGAUCAGAGCGGCAUGGACUACGAAGUGCUGAUUCAUGACCUGCAGGAUGCUCUGAAUGGUCAGAUGGACAGCAGGAUUCAGACCAAGUCCCAUGACUACACCAAGUACAACAGCUGGUCAACAAUCCAGGGCUGGAUCACAUCCAUCACCUCAGCCAACCCCACCCUGAUCUCCAGAACCACUAUUGGAAACAGCUACGAGGGACGGCCCAUGCAUUUGCUGAAGAUUGGAAAGAGCAAUGGUUCCACCAAACCUGCCAUCUUCAUUGACUGUGGUAUCCAUGCCAGAGAGUGGAUCUCCCCUGCUUUCUGCCAGUGGUUUGUCAAGGAGGCUGUGUCCACCUACGGAUCUGAUGCCCAGAUGACCAGCCUGCUGAACCAGAUGGAUGUCUUUGUUCUGCCCGUCUUCAACAUGGACGGUUAUGAGCACACCUGGUCUAGCGACAGGAUGUGGAGGAAGACCCGCUCUAAGAGGAGCGGCAGCAGCUGUAUUGGUGCUGACCCCAACAGGAACUUUGAUGCUGGCUGGUGCACUCUGGGAGCCUCCAGCAACCCAUGCAGCGACACCUACUGUGGAUCCACUCCUGAGUCUGAGAUUGAGGUCAAGAACGUGGCUAACUUCAUCCGCAACAACAAGUCCAUCAUCAAGGCCUACCUCACCAUCCACUCCUACUCCCAGCUGCUCCUGUUCCCCUACUCCUACAAAUACGGCCUGGCCGCAGACCACGCUGAGCUGCUGAGUGUGGCAGAGGCAGCCUCCACGGCUCUGCGCAGCCUGUACGGGACCAAAUACACCAGCGGCCCCGGGGCCACCACCAUCUACCCUGCUGCUGGAGGUUCUGAUGACUGGGCUUAUGACCUGGGCAUUAAGUACUCCUACACCUUCGAGCUCCGUGACACCGGCCGCUACGGCUUCCUGCUGCCCGAGUCCCAGAUCAAGCCCACCUGUGAGGAGACCAUGCUGGCCGUCAAGUACAUCGCUGCCCACGUGCAGAAGAACCUGUAAUAAGAAGAAAUCGCUACAUAUCAAACCCCUCUUAUAAGAUUAUAUCGUAUAUGUAAUCAAUAAACACAAUAAAACACGCA